CGUUUGGGAGACGCGUUCAGCGAGGACUGAACUGCCACAAUAAGUAGGUGGUAGGUGUCCAAUAAAUGCUUUCCCCCCGUCUUCUAUAUAUAUUACGUCGUUACUAAUCCCAGGCAUGUGGGUGAGGUACGCUGGUUUCACUGGUUUCACUGGUCACACGUUCAGUCCCAUGUGACGUCGACCCGUGGGUCUCAAUAUGAACAUCACUCUUUGAUUUUAAUGAAACCUAUUGAUUGGCAGGACCAGCUGAGGUGGUGAGGUCAUCAGGUCGGCUGCUGUUCAAACGCGUCCUUGGCGGUUGCCUAGCAACCGCUGCGAAAAGAAAAAAUGCAUCAUCCUUUGUAACCUUUUGAGAUCUCGGAAAAGUUGUAUUCAGCUGUUUUUUCGUUGAAGUAACUUAGUUAACGUUAGUAUGUAGGUUUAGAUUUGCUUUUAAAAUCACCAACAUGUUCGGAGUAAACAAGGAAUCAGAAGCCGCCUCCAUGAAGAACUCCAUGGCGGCGAGUCCCUCGCGUGCAGCGGUUUUCAACGAAGGCCCCUGCAGACCCACCGUCUUCCGAAAGUUGUACGAGCGCGGGGACGUCCCGAUUCAGAAGGACUGUCGUGAGGGAGGGAGGAGCGUGCAGUGGAAGGUGGAGUUGGACAUGCUGGACUACCACUACUUCCUGCCUCUGUUUUUCGAUGGCCUGGCUGAAAGCAUCGCGCCGUACAACUUCAUCGCCGUCCAAGGAAUCCACGAAAUCUUGGACCACGGGGGUCCCAAGAUCCUGCCCGUCGUCCCCCAGCUGAUUGCCCCCAUCAGGAAAGCCUUGGACACGAGGAACAACGCCGUGAUGUGCUCCACCAUGAAGGUCCUGCAGCACCUGGUGAAGUCGGCCGACCGAGUGGGAGAGGCCCUGGUGCCGCACUUCAAACAGUUCCUCCGGGUUUUCUGCGAGUUCUGGGGCAAGACGUACGCCCCCCACGCCGUCGUCUACGGCCCAAAGAAGCCGUCGCUCGGCGAGCUGGUGGAGGAGACUCUGCAGAUUUUGGAGCAGCGAGGGGGGAAGGAUGCACUCAAAGCCAUCAAGGUCAUGAUCCCCAACUACCAUUCCUGCGUGAGCUGCUGAGGAGGGGAGGAGGGUCACCCUGACCCCCAUCGCCCCGAGCCCCCUCUCUACAAGACGGUGGCACAUAAAGAGCACUCUGAACCCCAAAAUGGCUUCUUUUGUAAAAAAAAAAACCAAAAAAACAUUAUGUGAAUGUAUUUUGUAACCACGUCUCGAUAUAAAUGGUCAUUGUGGAACACGCACAAAAAGCCCGGCCUUAUUGUUGAAGGUUCUGAGACUUUAGUUCACAACAAGACAGUUGAAUUCUCGCUGACCGGCCACGAUGAUUGAAUACGGGGUCACAGGAAAUAACAGUUAGACAAAAGGUAAGGGUUGGUCUAAGCUUAUCAGGAAGGACGACGGACCUUGAAGUCAUCAGCACCCUACGUGUGAUUAGGUGUUCAGAUCGGAGGGAGAGAUGAGUCCGACGACCCAACUCCCAAAUCUGGGAGCUUUGGUUAAAAUGCCGCUGGAUUUCAA